UCUUUCUCUCCGCAGUGAAAGAGUCGGUUCUGUCUGUCGAAGCUCCUCAGCGUGUUUCACCCUGCGCCUCACAACUUUUGUUCCCUGUUUGAGAGCAGAGCGCGGACUGACUGACAGCUGUUCGGAGUUCUUUACUUCUUCUUUUAGCUAGCUAUACUGAAAGGAGUUGCAGCAGCUAUGGGGAAAGGAUGCAUUACAGCUACCAAGUACUUACUGUUCUUGUUCAACCUCCUCUUCUUUAUUUUUGGCGCUCUGAUCAUGGGCUUUGGAUUGUGGGUUCUUCUGGAUAACCAGAGUUUUAUUGCAGUUCUGCAGGAAUCUUCCACCACGCUGAAGGUGGGCUCCUAUAUCUUGAUUGGCGUUGGUUCUCUUUCCAUGCUCAUGGGCUUCCUUGGUUGCAUUGGAGCCAUCUAUGAGAUCCGUUGUCUACUAGGACUGUACUUCACCUGUCUCCUGCUGAUCCUCAUUGCCCAGGUGACAGCAGCUGUGCUCAUUUACUUCCAGCGAGACUUGCUGAAGCAUGAGAUAUCCAGCAUUGUGAACACAAUUCUGGUGAACUAUACAGGUCAGAACAAGACAUCCGAGCAUGCAUGGGAUUACCUGCAGAGAACGAUUCAGUGCUGUGGUUGGACUGGACCAUCUAACUGGACUGAGAAUGUGUGGAUAAAGAACAGCACACAGCCUCUGUAUCCAUGCUCCUGUAGGAAUGCAUCCAUUCCUGGGACUGAGGUUCAGGAGACAGGCCUGUGUCAGAGUCUGGUUCCUGACUGGCCUGUAUACACUAAGGGUUGCAUAUCCAGUGUGGAGGACUGGCUUCUGAGUAACUGUGGUGUUAUUUUGGGAGUCUGCGUUGGAGUGGCAGUGAUUGAGCUUCUGGGAAUGGUGCUGUCCAUGUGCUUAUGCAAGAGUGUCCAUCAGGAAGUCUACACCAAAGUACCCAAGUACUGAGAGUAAAGAACACACCCACAAACACUCACACACAAACACACACACACACAUCCACAAACAAGGAAAUACACUCACUACUUUGGCAGAGCAUUUUGCCACAAUAAAACAAAUAGUUUUAACAGUCAAUGUUUUAUUACCCUCUUGCUUUUUAUUUCAGUUUUAUACUCUGUGCAAGAUAGAUUAUUUUGUGUUUGUGUUAGAAACUUUUGUUAGUAGGGUUGAUUUUUGUUUUGGUGCUUUACCUGCUCUGUGUGCUUUGUAUUAUGUAUGUUUUUUUCAGGUUUUAGUUUUUCCAUGUGGUUCCAUUCAGGAGCACUUAUUGUAUGGGAAGUGUGGACUGUAAAACAGUGCUCCUUAAAGCCAGUCUUGUGACAUAUCAGUGAGCAAGUCCUGAAAAACGACCAAGUGGUCUUAGUAUGUUCAGGUCAUUUAAAUGAUUAGAAACUGCAUGUAAUAUAUCACUUAACUGGGGGUCCGUGUUUGCAAACACUCCUGACAGGUUUCCAGGAGGAACUUUAUGAGAAAGCCAGGGUGGGAAAGUUUCCUAUGGGUGGGGUCCGAUCACUGAAGUUGUUGAAGGGCACAGACUUGUCUGUGAUCACCGUAUAUUGAGCACAUGAGAUUUUUAAUCUUAAUGUGACUACCCUGGUUAAAUAAAGGUAAAAUAAAAAAAAAUAAUAAAAACAUAGAAAAAAUAUGUACAUCCUUCCCACAUUAAUAGAUUUCAUAUUUUAAAUUAUAUUAAUAGUACAAAUUGUAUUAGUACUAUAGAUUUAAUGCAUUACAUUUUAAGCUUAGCAAGGUUUUGAUGGGAAGUUGCCAGAGUAUCUGUUAGUGUGUCUGACUAGUUAUGGUCUUCAGUUGCCACAAAAAGUAGUUUCCUUUAUCUGUCUUAAACAUUCUGACUCCACUGUGGUAUAGCAUAUAAAUGAAUCAUGAACACAAUAACCCCUCCAAAGACCCCUUCCUUCAUAUUUAUUGACUAUUUAAUGGAAUAUUUGUAGGUUGAUGGGCUUACUUAAGAUGGUUGUUGUUUUAAAAAAUCAAUUGACUUUAUUGCUGUUUUCUAUUUUAAGUCAUUUUUAUUGGCUGUGCUUUACACAAGCUGGGAAACAAGGUGGUGAAUAGGUCUAUAACUGGUCAAAUGAAGUGGAAAAAUACAUACAGCUUUACUGAGUUUAGUCUAAUAAGAAUUUAUUGUGCUAAAUUAUAUUUCUGCAGGUGAAAGACUCUUGCUUAUUAGAUAUCAAUUUAUAAAUAUUUAUUUUUUAAGAAAGUUUGAGAAAUACCUAAAGACGGUAUGUAAAAGAAAACUGCACUCUGACAGCAAUUCUAUAUAUUCAUCUGUUUUCCAGUUUUAGCUUAAAUACGCAGAUUCUUGACGAUAACUCGUUUGUAUGACUACAUAUUGGCAAAAUUCCAGUGCCUUUAAAUCCAGUAGAUUUUUUUUUUUUACAAUAUUUUACGAUUUCAGUAUUAACCCCUGGAGGAAAGUGAAAGAAACACUGUACUAAACAUGAACAGAGUCAUGGAGUCUUUUGCAGAGAAAACAGCUUUCAGCUACUUGUUCCACCUUGUUCUGUUUUUUACAAUUCACUCUAACAACUUUGGAACAUAUGCUGGAAUGUUGGACAGAAGUUCAUAUGUAAACAUAUUCAGGAGUUGUACAUGUCUAACACUGACUGUGUGAGCUGUUUUCUCUUGCGUUUGCACAAUGCAACUUCAGUGCGUUUACUAUGCAGUUAUUUUAAGCACAUUUAUCCAAGAACAGAAAAAGACUUCUGUGCUCUUGUUUGGUCUUGUCUGUUCAUGUUUUUGGUCUCCAGGUCUGUGAACACAUCACUUUUAAUCACAUUGAGGUGUGUCUAUUUGUGCUUGGCUGGAAUUGCCUUUAUUAAAAUGCCCUGGAAGAAGCUGAAAAACAAAGUUGAUGAUAUAGCACUAUUUACAAAAUUGCUGUAUGUUCUGUUAGGGUUAUGGCAGUGAAGAUGAAGGCUUUUUACUGAUACUUUUUGAUUGGAAUUUUUGUUUUUUAUGGAACCCAGUUUGUUAAUAAUCAAUGUAUUGUUUUUUUACAUCCACUCCAAAAGUAUUUAUGUAGAACAAUUAAACAGAGUUAAAGUCUU